CGUGGCGGUGUGUCUUAACAAGCUCUUGGCUUACUCUUUAGUAAUUAGGCAGUAAGCCGUGUAGGAAGUUGUAGACUUCUAUUUGAACGUGUUUGGAGUUGAGCAGACUUUUGUUCGAUUCCUUUUAGCUUUUAGGAAGUAUCUAUCACUUUCCAUUUCCAGUUUAACGUAGUUAUUUAUGUUUAUUGAGCAAACCUGAAGAAAGAGCACACCACGAGUACUGUACUUUUAGAUGGGAAGCUGAGAUUUGUCAUCUUUUGUCCACUUUUUGUGAUGCCUGGUUGAUAUAAUUAACUGUAUCCUAAGAAAUAUUAUGGCUGAGAAGUGGGCCAGUGGACACUCCUCUUCAAUAUUAUGUUUGAAUGUAAGCAAAGAUGGCCUCCUAGCUUCAGGAGCAGAAGGAGGGGAACUCACCAUCUGGAGUGAUGAAGGGAACCCAUUAGAACAUACAAAACUUAAGAAAGCAGAUGAUGUCACAAGUAUUGUGUUCUCCCCCACCUGUCCCAGAAGGCUCUAUGCUUCUCAUGGUGAGACUGUUAGCGUGCUGGAUACCAGGAAUCUCAAAGAGCCAGUUGAAUUUUUUCAUGUAAACGAAGAAGAAAUUAAUUGCCUUUCAAUAAACGAAACAGAAAAUUUCUUAGCUGCGGCUGAUGAUUCUGGAGCAAUAAAGAUAAUUGACCUGAAAAACAAGAAGUUAAGCCGGUGCUUAAGACGACAUUCAAAUAUUUGUGCAUCUGCUGUGUUCCGUCCGCAGAGACCUCAAAGUCUUCUUUCAUGUGGUCUGGAUAUGAAGGUUAUGAUGUGGACUUUGCAGAAAGCUCGCCCAGUUUGGAUUGUGAACCUACAAGAGGAUGACACAGACGAGCAGUCAAGUGAUCAGCUAUUUAACCCACCUCUGGCCCAUUCCCUGUCUGUUUCUGCUUGUGGAAAUGUCUUUGGCUGUGGAGCUGAAGAUGGUAAAAUCAGAAUCUUCAGGGUAACAGGUGCUAAGUUUGAACAGGAGAUGGUGUUUAAGGGUCAUUCCUUAGGAGUCUCACAGAUUUUCUUUUUGCCUGAACCCUAUUGCUUCAUUACUGGAGGGAAUGAUGGCAGAGUCAUUUUAUGGGAUGUCUGCAAUGAAAUGGAAAAACUGAAGAGUCCAGUCAAGUCCACCAAUAGAAGGAAAAUUAGGAUGCCCAGCACCAAAAAAGUUGAUAAAAUGAAUGCAGAGCUUACAAAUGAAUGUGCACUCUUUUCACCAAAAGUAACCAUUGAUCAUGGAGAGAAAGUCAACUGGAUUUUAUGUACAGAGAUUAAAGGAUCAAGGAAAGUACUGGUUGCUGAUCAGUCUAGCAACAUAUCCAGCUAUCCUAUUUUUGAACUAUAGACAUAUAUUGGAAAAUAACUUGUGUCCUUGUUAUGUGGGCUGUUUAACACCCCCCCCACACACAUUGUUCUUUUUUGGAAGUACCAUUUUCAGCAAAUUAAAUGAACUCUAGAUGUUCUCUAUAUAUAUAUCUGAACAUAUUUAUUUUGGUAAUGAUAAAGCUAAUUCAUUAUAUAGGUAACAGGCUAUUUUAAGCUGAACCUGGUAUAAUCGUAUCGAGGCUUGAAAUAAAAACUGUCAGUUGUAAAUGUGUGUAAAUAUAUAAAAAACUCUGAUUUGUAUUUUAAAAACAGGAAAAAAUAAAAAUGGUCAAUCUUAGUGCAUG